AUGGCGGACAAGGAGGAAUUUGAUUUCGAAGAAAUUCACUUCUUGCCAAUCCCCUCGCAAACGAAUAUCUAUGGUCUGACAAAAAUCGACGGAAACGACGAAGAAAGAAAGCUAUUUCUGGCGUCCCUUAGUGGCAGGGUGGUUUGCUUGGAAUAUCCACGGAAUUCACCUGUGCCGACUUCGAAAGAGGUUCCCUUCACCUACAUCCCAGGUCUGUGAAAAUCUGUGCUUGAUGAUGGAAACGUGCACUAAGAUCAUACCAAAUCAUAACCAGGCCGUCUUUAGGGUACCCGAAAAAGAAUAAAAAUCACGCUCACCUCUCCACAGGAAUUGUAUAUUGCUUACCGAUUACAUCGAUCACCACCUCUCGCAAUCCCUCUUUUAUUCAUUUAUUUAUUUGUUUUGUUUUUUUGUUUAGUUGAUCAUUUUUCCCCUUCAGAUUCAGCAGAAAUUGUUUCCAUUGAUGCAUUUAACAGACCUGAGACAAGAAAAGGACUUGUAGUAGGGAUAUCAUUAAUUUUAUUAAAGGUACGUAUUUGAGGGAGUGCAGUUUUUUUAUUUCUAUCAUGGCAGAACACUUUGGCUAAACUCUGAUGAAUAGUUCUUUAUAAGAAAAGUCAUAUUUUGAGAUUUUGACCAUAAGUUGCAUCAUAAUCUAUGAGAGUGUGUAGCUAUGACCUAGGUGUUACCUAACAUUAUUCAUUAUAAAAUUCUAUGGAGCACAAGUACUGCAUAUUACUUAAUAGUAAGUCCACAAAUUCAAACAGGAAGUAACUUGUGGUGCCUCUCAAAUAAAGCCAUGAUCCCUGCAGCUGAGCAGCAAUUUAAGCAAUAGAAUGAAAGAACCCUGGAAAAAAUUCAGGCUUUGAUGGAAUUCUAACACAGGCCUCCUACAUACUAGUUGGCUGCCACAGUAGUACCAACUAAGCUAGAAAGCCACAUGUUGGGAGUGGAGAGUGUUUUAGAGGAUUUUUCUCCCUCUUUCUCAGAGAAAUCUGAUUCAAUUUGUACUGAAAUAAAUUUCAACUAAUUUGAGAUGUCUACAUUAUUUAGAUGUCUUUUACACAAAGACACUCUUUUAAUUUUAUCCAUCACCCUUCUGGGAGUAUUCUGUGGCUGAUUUUAAACAAUACUGAACUCUGUUGUAGAAUUCUAGAAGUCACCAAAAACAGUUUCUCAACAUCUAUUCAGCUUUGGAAAGUAGAUCAGAGUUCUCUCUGGGUAGUAUUGCAGGUAUAGUAUGUUGAUAAUACAGUGUUUGCAAUACUGCUACUCUAACUUCUCAGUCAAUGUGUUUAAAUGCAUAUUGAUUUAUCUACUAUGCAGUGAAUCUUUGUUUUUUUCAUCUAAAAGCUAUUUACAAUUUACUUACAAUAUUACUAAUCAUUUUUUACAGAGGGUUGUCAACACCUUGAAUUGAACUUUGUCCCUUUCCAGCUGACGCAUGCUGAGUAAGAAGUCUCUUUUGUAUUCAAGUCAAUAAUUUUAGAUUUUUUUCAAAUACAUGGAGACUCAUCAAAGACAUUGGUCAGUGCAUUAUGUACUAGAACUGAUGGAGACCUUUACAAUGAAGAAUCUAAAAAUGAGAACUUGAUUUACAGAUCACUGGAGCUAUGUUAUGCAUUGCUAGACCUUAGAAUGUCAUUUAAAAUUUUUUUGGUAUAACCUCACACACUCCCAGUUGAUAAUUACUAAAUCAAUUCUUGUACUUGCCUUUGGCAGGGUUGUUAUAAAGGAAAGAAAGCAAAUUGUGUUUUUACUUUGUGGAAGUGAUGAAAAGGUGCACAUGUUUUGUGAGGUUAGCAGAUUUUACUAUUACCCUCUGACUCCCAAAACUGAUUAAAAAAUGUAACUUCUCCUUCCAACAUGAUAUGAUAUGAAGGAAAAAAAGUGACGAGAAUUGAUGACUUUUAUUACAUGAAUAGUGCUAUCUGGAUCAUGUAAUUUGUAAUCAAGUGUCAACAAUAAUGUGGGAUUGCUUUGGAUUUGCUCUUUUCUGCUUGGUGAUCGGUUGAGAAAACGUACACCACCCUUUCAACCAAUCAGAUACAACAAUAAAAGCAAUUGUGUAUUGUUGAGCUUUUUCCUGUGUGCACAGCAGUUUGCUUGGCUUUUCUUUGAGUUCUUGUUGAUUUGGUUUUACGAUAUCCAAUCCAAGCACUUUCCACUAAGUUGUUUGAAAUAAAUUAUAAAGAGAUGUACAUUGGCAGAAAGAGAAAAUUGCUAAAUUUGAGCAUCCUGGCUCCUUUCUUUAACCCACCAGUGCUUCAUUUGUGAAUUGUUGUUACCGACAGUUACUACAUGUGGAGUUUGCUUUGACAUUGUAAUUAGGAUCACUUUUGCUUUGUAUUGUUAAGGCCCAGACUACCUACUUUAUGGUUGGUACAACUGUGUUUAUAAACUUCCCACUGUUAACCCUUUAAGCCUAAGAGUGACUAGCAUCAAAUUUCUCCCCACAAUAUCACCCCUGAAUCACAUGUUAAGGUCAUGAGAAUUAAGGAAAUGAUCAUCAAUGAAAGAAGCUUAUGAUUGGUAAACAAAUUCUCCUUUCCAGCACCUUGGGAAAUGUGUAAAGAGCUGUAUGGAGAAUAUGCAUAUUGGUUUUGAGGUGUAAAGGAUUAAACAGUUUCUUUACUAAAUUUGCAGGAUAAGACCCAACAGAGGUUUGAGGAGCAGCCAGUGCAAAGCUUUUUUCCUGAACUGCAAAAUUUACCAAGCAAGUAAGUGGUUUCUUUCAUCACACGCUCAGUGUUAAAGAUUUGAUGUUUAUGUGCACUGCUUUAAAUCUUAGGAGUCUUUUAGAAUUCCUUUGUGUAUUUAAAUCAAAAGGUAUCAGUCUAGAUUGUGUUAAAUUAUUGUUCAUUCUUUGCUCUUUGUGCAGUGUUCUUUGGUUGGAAGUGGAAACUCUACACAAUUCUAAGCGUGUAACAGUGGUUGGCUGUCAAAACGGGCACGUUAAGGUGGCAGUGACUGACCUUACUAGGGGAAGUAUGUUGCCAUGGAAACUUCGUUUGGAGUUAAUUUGUGUUUCUCGAUUAAAAUUAUAUUUGACAGAGUGAAAAGGUCGUUUUCAACUUCGUCGAGGCGAUGUCGAAGGCAGAAAAAGUCGUCGUAGUUUAUUCGCCUAAUUGAUUGUUAUUUUCAUCUUCCUUUCUGAGAUCGUUUUGCAUUUUGGUGGGAAGAGGAACUUUUAUGGUGUUUUUCAGUAUUGAUACAGAUUUUUUUACUGUUUUGGUAUUGUUUUACAGGUAUUGAAAAGAUAGACACUUUGGAUCGUGAUGGACCUAUUUCAAGUGUGAAAUUGUUUACGCAAGACUCGAGCAAAAUCAUCGAAGCUACCGGUACCGGUAAAGUUUUAACUGUGCUAUACAAAACUCCGUUGAUCUCUUUUUGAGACGUCUUCAGAAUAAGCUGACACAAGAAUUGUUUCCAUUUCUCCUUGCAGAUGCUAAAAAUAUUGAAAACGGACAAACAUUUGAAAGAAGGGAUUACCACCUUUUGGUUUGCUGUGCAAUUGAAGCAACUGUCGUUUACACGUAAGUAAACCACAACGGCUAUGCGAUGGAGAACUGUCAGUGGUGAUUUGCGCGAGAGAACUUUAUGAUUGUUUUGACAAGUUAUUCUAGGAGCUUGUUUGGUUCUUAAAGAAACUCGGGACUACUUUUAAGCCAACGCCAGACCGCAAGAAUCGAACUUUUUUGACAAUUUCUUGCAAAGGAACUUCCACAGUACACUUCAGCAAUAAGCUCUGAACUUAAGCUCUCAUUCUAGAUUUAAAUUUUAUAGCCGAGAGGAAAUGUGUGUUGACUAAGUGUUUCUUUUUGGUUCACAGCAAUAUAAUUAGUCAAGGUUUCACUAACAUGGUGAUUCUACCAGAAUCGGACGAAUUCGAUUGUGUGACGUGUACAUGUAUCGCUGACGUCAACUGGGACGGAAAGAACGAAAUAAUCUUGGGGACAUAUGGACAGGUGAACGCUACACGAUGACAAGAAGGUUAUCUGGGAGUUUGACUUAUAAUAGCGGCAACGCCCGCGUAAACGUCCACUAAAAAUGAAAAGUGAAUUAACAUUUGUCAGGUGUUUUAAUAACGGUUGGCAAUUGGUGUAAAGUAUGGUAAUUUAGUGUUAUCAACUGGGUUGAAAACGUAAACUGGCCACCUUAUAGAGUUUAAAAGUUGAGUUUUCGAGUAUUAGCCCUUCGUCAGAGCGAUUAAAACUCAAGAGCUUGCUCGCAGACUCAAAAUACGGUGGUAAUUGGUCUUACAGGUUGUGGUAGACCGCUGGUGAGAAUUUCGAAGGCUCGAAGAUUUUAUCUUGUGGAGGCAGCGUUAAAUUACAAGCACUGAGAGAAGUGAUUAAUUUGCCCUUGCAUUCCUCGUACGUAGAGGAAGGAAAAAUUUAAUAAUUUCACGUUGUUGUUCUGCAGAAAACGUCUUGGAAAUGUAAACUUUGCGAUCGACAGUUAGUGCUGUAAAACUGAGGAACUAGGUCCCAGUGGCCUUUAAUGUUCAUGAAACGUUGGAAUACUGGUGAAACAACAUUUCCUUUUCUCUAUUAAACAGGAACUCCUCAUCUUUAAGUGUGUCCCUCUAGACAAUACAGGGAACGGUUCAAAAAGCAUUGAUUUUCAGCUGAUGUGGAGGAGAAGUUUUGCGAGCCCUCUGUUUGCCAUUGAAUAUCUGGAUCUAACUAAUGACGGACUGAAGGAACUCGCCGUGGCUUCGCUGUCGGGGUUGCAUGUACUUCAGGUAAGUUAUUUAAGGCUGGUUUUCAGUUAUGUUGAAGUCGUUAUCUCACAGGGCGCAGAGAGGUAUGAUCGCGAAAAAUUGGCAAAUGGAACGGGAAUAAGAAGCAGAAUACUGAUGCCUCCUAUGACUCCGUCGCUUAUAAUCUGGUAAAAACUCGAUUAUUAGAAUCACAAGCACUUGAAGUGCAUUGUGAUUAUUUUAUUCUUUGGCUGCCUUUUACGACUCUGACAAGCUCGUUUUCACGUGAUCAAAUGCGCUAGAGUUCAAAGCGGAAUCGGAAAGAAGUGACGACUGUAUUAUUUUGUAACCUAAAACUGUUUUGGUAUUUUUUACGUUACAGCAUAACCUUGACAACGCAGCCUUACACAGUACGAAGCAGAAUUCUCCACGGGAUUCUAAGGACGUAGAAUUAGUGACGUAACCCGCAGAUAUGUUCACCUAAUUACGGGCUGUGUAGAUAAGGUACCAUCAAUGCAGCAUUUCAUGUGCGCCAACGAAAGACAGCGUAGGAAAGGGCAGUAAAGACUCGCGUAUUAGCAGCUCAUAAUAUUAUGGAACUUGUCAGGCAUCAUCAGGAAUGAGAAAUAUACUCUCUUUGAGUAUCCAACGCAAGUUUUACCGAGGCAGGCAGAUUCUCCUCGUUAGUCUUGGUUUGUUCUCUAAAGGCCUGUUUGGAAAAAUACUUCAUUUUCGAGAGCCAGUGAUGUAGAGGAGACCUCGGCAGUUAAAAAGAAUAUUAACAAUGUAAAACGUGAGAACAUCGCAAUAACAUUGUGACAAUUAGACAUCGAAUGAAUGAUAAAAGUUGAAAAUUUUAUUAAUACAGUAUAUCUUUUUAAAGUUUACUGGGAUGGCCAGAGGAAAACUGCAAUUGGUUAAAUACGAUUUAGCUGUUCGAACAGACAUGAAGUUGUUAAAGUGUAACUUUUGUCGUCUGUAUUAAAGUUACUUUUGCAAUUAU